AUGUCGAGUGAUGAAGAUAAACCACCUGCGCCGCCGGUACGCUUGACGAGCAACCGGGCGACCGACAGAGGUGAUUCAGUCGCGUCUGUUGACAUGAGGCCUCUACCCAAAGAACCAGAUGACAGCGGUGAUAGAAAAAAGAAAACUUUGAAAGCUAAAAUAAAGGGGUCUAAGAGCACUGCACAUAAUGACAAUAAGCCAAAUAUUAGCUACCCAACUAACUUUGAACACACAGUACAUGUUGGAUUUGAUGCUGUAACUGGAGAAUUUACAGGUAUGCCGGAGGCGUGGGCGCGUCUGUUGAUGGCGUCUAACAUCAGUAAACAGGAACAGAAGAGCAACCCUCAGGCUGUACUCGACGUUCUCAAAUGGUACGACGCCUCCGCCACGCAGCCUCCCGCCUCCAAGUAUAUGACGUCAGCACAGAUGCACACAACACACUCGGGUUCGUCUGUGUCACGUGUCUCUUCGAGUAGUCCUUCGUCUUCUACUCCCACCGACACGGAGCACCCGGAGCCCCCGCCGCCUCCGCCCUCGAGACCUGACCGCACUAAGAGUAUUUACACGAAGCCCAUAGAAGAAGAAGAAGCCCCGCCUCCUCGACCGACCCCCGCCCCCGUGUCCCCGCCGCACGUGCCUCACCCCGCGCUCACCACGCAUUCGAUAUGCAGUCGAUCGGAAACUGGCACGAAUUUAGAUCGCAACAAGAACCCAUCGAGUGGCGCUCACACGCCGCCCGCACUGGCGCCCCACCCUGCGCCCGCGCCCGCUCCCACCGUCGCCCCGCCCGCCCUACCUACGAUGACGACACAUGCACAGACCACACCACCUCCAAAUGGAGCUACUCAAACCGAUACUGGAAGAGCAACGGGACAGCAACAAAGGAAAAAGAAGAUGACCGAUGAGGAAAUAUUAGAAAAGUUAAGGACAAUAGUCAGUGUUGGAGAUCCUAAUAGAAAAUACACUAAAAUGGAAAAAAUUGGUCAAGGUGCAUCUGGCACAGUUUAUACAGCGAUAGAAACAUCAACGGGCAUGGAAGUAGCUAUUAAACAAAUGAAUCUUGGUCAGCAACCAAAGAAGGAGCUCAUUAUCAACGAGAUUCUAGUGAUGCGGGAGAACAAACACAAUAAUGUUGUGAAUUAUCUUGACAGCUAUCUCGUUAAUGAGGAGCUGUGGGUGGUUAUGGAAUACCUUGCUGGAGGUUCUCUAACCGAUGUAGUGACUGAAACUUGUAUGGAUGAAGGACAAAUAGCGGCCGUGUGUCGCGAGGUGCUACAGGCGCUGCACUUCCUACACACCAACCACGUGAUACACAGGGAUAUUAAGUCAGAUAACAUACUGCUGGGACUCGAUGGACAGGUUAAAUUAACCGAUUUUGGUUUCUGUGCUCAAAUAUCCCCCGAGCAAAAUAAAAGAACGACAAUGGUUGGUACGCCGUAUUGGAUGGCGCCAGAAGUUGUUACGAGAAAGCAGUAUGGGCCCAAGGUAGAUGUGUGGUCACUAGGUAUAAUGGCUAUAGAAAUGAUUGAAGGCGAACCCCCAUACUUGAACGAGAAUCCUCUGCGUGCUUUAUAUUUGAUCGCGACGAAUGGAAAGCCCGACAUCAAAGACAAGGAGAAACUCAGUACCGUUUUCCAAGACUUCCUCGAUCAAUGUUUAGAAGUCGAUGUGGAGAGUCGAGCGACCGCACUUGACUUAUUAAAACAUCCGUUCCUAAAAAUGGCGCGACCGCUAGCAUCGCUGACUCCCCUCAUCAUGGCGGCCAAGGAGGCAGCCAAGGGUCAUUAG